CAAAGUGUGCACUCAGUCCCUGCAGUGCUUGCUCCUGCUGUGUCACUCUGUCCCUCCCUCCUCAUUUGGUCUUCCUAUCCCUCUUCCCUCAGUGGCAAGAUUACAGAGGCAGUGUCCUGUUGCUGGUGUGCCCUUGUCUGAGAUUUCUGCUUGACUUUUUUUUCUCUGCUCAGCUCUUCUCUUUGCUCUGGUACUGCACUAGGAAUGGAGAAUGACCAGUCUCCGACAUCACCCGCGCAGGAUACCCAGGGGCAGAGUGGGGACAGACCUGCCCCUGGCUUGGUGUCCCCUGCUCCAGUCCCCACAGAGCAGCCAAGUGCCUGGCCUGAAGCAACCAUGUGUGACAUCUCAGAGGAGUUGAGCCGGCAGCUGGAGGACAUCAUUAAAACUUACGGGUCUGCCACGAGCCUGAUGGAGAAGGAAAACACUUCUACAGGAACUGACAAGCCUAAGAAGGGAGAGCAAGGCAGCUUGGAGGAUGCUGAGUAUGAAGAUGGAAAUGAGGAGAGUGAGAAAGAGAAGCUGACUCCUGGAGAUGCUUGCAGAGCAAAGGAGCCCAGCAGCAACAAGGAGCAAAAGCUAGAGAAGAAAAUCCUGAAAGGACUAGGAAAAGAAGCCACCCUACUGAUGCAAAGCUUGAAUAAACUGAAUACUCCAGAAGAGAAGUUGGACCUGUUGUUUAAGAAGUAUGCUGAGUUGCUCGAAGAACACCGUGCCGAGCAGAAAAAGCUGAAGUACCUACAGAAGAGGCAGGCCCAGAUCACCAAGGAGAAGGACCAGCUGCAGAGUGAGCACAGCCGAGCCAUCCUUGCCCGCAGCAAGCUGGAGAGCCUGUGCCGGGAACUCCAGAGACACAACAAAAACCUCAAGGAGGAAACAAUUCAGCGGGCACGGGAGGAAGAUGAGAAGAGGAAAGAAAUAACUAAUCACUUCCAGGGCACAUUGAGUGAAAUCCAGGCUCAGAUCGAGCAGCAAAGUGAGAGGAACAUGAAGCUCUGCCAAGAGAACACGGAGCUGGCAGAGAAGCUGAAGAGCAUCAUUGACCAGUAUGAGCUGCGGGAAGAGCACCUUGAUAAAAUAUUUCAGCACAGAGAACUUCAGCAGAAACUGGUAGAUGCCAAGUUGGAACAGUCUCGAGAAAUGAUGAAAGAAGCUGAGGAACGACAUCAGAAAGAGAAGGAAUAUCUCCUGAACCAAGCUGCAGAAUGGAAGCUCCAGGCCAAAAUGCUAAAGGAGCAAGAGACUGUCCUGCAGGCACAGAUCACUCUCUACUCUGAAAGGUUUGAAGAAUUUCAGAAAACAUUGACCAAAAGCAAUGAAGUGUUUGCCACAUUCAAACAAGAGAUGGAAAAAAUGACAAAGAAAAUGAAGAAGUUGGAAAAGGAUACUGCUACAUGGAAAUCCAGGUUUGAGAACUGUAACAGAGCAUUACUGGACAUGAUUGAAGAGAAAGCCAUGAGGUCCAAGGAAUAUGAGUGCUUUGUGCUGAAAAUCCAGAGACUAGAGAACCUUUGCCGUGCUCUGCAGGAAGAGAGGAAUGAAUUGUACAAAAAAAUAAAGCAAGCACAGUACCCAGAAGAGGUGAAUGGAAAUGGCAUCUUAGAAGAAGAAGAAGAAGAAGAAGAUGCUGAUACAAGCCCUUCCCCCUCUGAGCAGGCGAGCAUUGAGCUGCGUGCGAGUGACAAGAGAAUGCUGAAGGAGCUGGCUGAAAGUUUCAGUGUGUCCCACAAGGCAGAGGAGUCCCUCCCAAGCAACAGCAGCAAUCCAGAGACCUGUGACACUCAAACGUGUAAUGCUGCCCCGGAGCCAGAACUCCCUGCUCCUCUCACCCCACAGUCAGAGUCUGGGAAACACUGUGAGCAGCCCAGCACAAACACACCAAUACCCACUGAACACAUGCCAGCACCCACUGAAAGUAUGACAACACCCACUGGGAACAUGCCAAAGCCCACCGAAAGCAUGUCCGCACUUCCAGGAAGGGUGCCAAUGCCCACAGAAAGUGUGCCAAUACCUCCCAAGAGUGUGCCAGUAUCCACUGGGAAUAUGCCAAAACCCAUUGAAAGCAUGCCAGCAAGCCCCGAAAACAUGCCAACACCCACACAAAACAUGCCCCCUCCCCUUGGGAGUAUGUCAGUACCCAUGGAAUGUCCACCAAAAGCUACAGAAUGUGUGGAUGACCCAGCAGAUAGAUCUGUCCAAGGUCAGUCCACUGAGCAAAGAGGGGACGCAGACAUGGAAGCAGUGGAUUGAAGACACUGGUGUGUCCAGGCUUGUCUUCUGCAAACCAGAGCUCUGCUUUGUCCUCUAAAUGGAUACCUUUUUUU